AUGGAUGCUCGUACGCUCUAUCAAAGCGGUCGGUCUAGCACUGAGGCACGUGUUGUUGAAUUAUGCUCGAAAGCAGCGGCGAUGAAUUCUGCAGAAGGUCGUCAAAACAUGUCUGUAUUCUAUGCCGAAGGUUAUGGCGAUCUUUUGCGGGGUUUUGCUCGUAGUAAGCAGCAUUGCGAAGCGGCUGCUUCCCAGAAGCCAUUCUGUCUGAUGCGGUAUGCCAAAGCGGCAGAGCAAGGUAUCGCUGGAGCCGAAGAAAAUUAUGGAGAUUUUCUUAAACUUGGCAUCGGAGGACCAACUGAUGUGACACAAGCGCGUAUUUUCUAUCGGCGUGCUGCAGAUCAAGAUCAGCCUGAUGCAUUUCGCAAACUGCAAGAGCUGGAACGGAAAACCUGA